AUGCAGAAGCAAAUAGACAACUUAAUUAGCAAAGGUUACGCAAGAAGGUUAACUGCAGACGAAGUAAAUAGAUCAUACGACCACGAGUGGUACCUGCCGAUAUUUAUCACACUAAACCCCAACAAACCCGGCAAGUUGCGCCUUGUGUGGGACGCUUCGGCCAAAUCUGAUGGAGCCGCUCUUAACGAUUUCCUUCUGUGCGGGCCAGAUCUACUCAAUUCGCUAGUCUUCGUAUUACUGGCUUUUAGAACUGGGCAGUUUGCUAUUUGUGGAGACAUUGCCGAAAUGUUCCACCAGAUUCGCGUAAGAGAAAUGGACAUGCACGCUCAGAGGUUCUUGUGGCACGAGAACUGUGAGGAGUUACAUAACCCUCACAUCUACGUUAUGCAAGCGCUUACCUUCGGCAUCAGCUGCGCACCUUGCAUUGCUCACUUUGUUCGAGAUGUAAAUGCAGAGCAAUACAAGCAAACAUCACCGCGAGCGGUAGAAGCAAUACAAAAGCAUCAUUACGUCGAUGACUUCAUCGACAGCGUCGAUACCGAAGAAGAAGCACUGGAACUGGCACUGCAAGUGAAAGCAAUUCACGCUCAAGCUGGAUUCAACAUUCGUAACUGGGCAUCUAACUCAUCAGCUGUUCUGAGGCAACUUCCAGGGGAGUCCGUCGAAGAUCAAACUCCUAAGGAAUUAAGCAAUGCAGAAAAAAUAUUAGGUUUGUUUUGGGAUCCAACUAACGAUGUUUUUAAGUUUAUUUGUAGGUUCUCCAAAAUGAGACGAGACAUCUUGCAAUGUAGCUUGGUCCCAACCAAAAGGGAAGUACUCCAGGUGUUGAUGUCCAUCUUCGACCCUCUCGGGUUUGUGGCACAUUACACCAUAGGUCUUAAAAUACUACUGCAGGAUGUAUGGCGAUCGGCCAUUAACUGGGAUGACCCACUCCCAGGUCCGCUUUACAACAAGUGGUGCCAGUGGAAGACGUUGUUGCCAGCAAUAACCUCUAUUACGAUUCCGCGAUGUUAUUCACAACUUCUAAAAGACUCCGAAAGCAACCAAAUCCACACCUUCGUAGAUGCCGGCGAGUAUGCUUACGCGGCAAUUUGCUAUUUGCGAGUGAAAAACAAAAACGAAGUCAACACUAUCAUCGUGGCCGCUAAGUCAAAAGUAGCACCGCUAAAGCCCGUAUCUUUCCCGAGGCUUGAACUACAAGCUGCAGUGACUGGCGUAAGAUUGGCGAACAAUGUGAUGAAGGCACUACAAGUUCCGAUUCAUGCUCGAUUCUGGUGGUCAGACUUAAAGACCGUGCUCAAAUGGCUCCGCAUGGAUCCGAGAAAUUUCAAACAGUAUGUAAUGCAUCGCGUGGGCGAGGUAUUGGAGGCGACCAACGCCACUGACUGGAAUUGGGUUCCCUCAAAACUUAACCCUGCUGACUUGGCAACGAAAUUCAGCCGGCAACAAAGUUCCGAUAUCUGGCUGCACGGGCCGAAAUUCUUAUCUUUCAAUCAAACCGAUUGGCCGAAAUGCGACGACCUCGGACCAGUGGAGCAUACUGAACUCCGACAUUUUACCUUUCAUAUAACCAAAGGCGAAACCACACAACCUUUAAUCGAUGCUGAUAGGUUCUCAAGCUGGCGUCGAUUAUACUUGACGAUGGCGAUGGUAAUAUUUUUCGUAGAAAAACUAAAAUCCAAGAUAAAGAAGGAGCAAAUACCUACCGGCGUAUGUGACAAGAUUAUCCACAGAGCUAAGAGCGCGCUCAUAAAAGAGGCACAGCAGAGUGAAUAUCGGCAAGAAGUUAUCAACCUCAAAUGCGGUAAGAGUAUUGAAAGCGAUAGCAAACUAAUCUCUUUAAAUGUCUAUUUAAGCGACGAAGGUAUACUCAGAUCACGGGGAAGAGCCGAAAGCUUAAGAACUGGCGACUCUAUAAUCUUACCGACAAACAACUCAAUCACAGCUUUAAUAGUUCGACAUUACCACGAACGAAAUCAUCAUCAAUUUCAUGAAGCAGCCUUGAACUCGAUUCGCGAACAAUAUUAUAUUCCACGCCUACGAGUACUUUACCGCAAAAUACGAAGGUCAUGUCAACGCUGCAAGAACGAUGGCGCUAAGCCAAAUACUCAGCAAAUGGCUCCGCUACCAGCUGCACGUUUGGCAAGCUUUGAGCGUCCCUUCACCUAUGUCGGAAUAGAUUUUUUCGGUCCGAUACAUGUCUCGAUUGGAAGGCGCAGAGAGAAAAGCGCAGACGACGAUGCGCUCACACCAAACCACCUGCUCCUCGGAUCUACCGACGGACACAAAUCAGUCUUCAACGAGGCAUCAAACCUACGACAGCAGUGGCACAAGACACAAGACUUCGCUAACAAGUUCUGGCAACGUUGGCUGCAGGAAUAUACUCCAAUCAUUCAACGUAGAGCCAAAUGGUUCAGCAAGCGGGCAUCAGUCGCAAUCGGAGACGUCGUUGUUGUUGUUGAUGAGACUCUGCCGCGAAAUUAUUGGCCGAAGGGUAUCAUCGUUGAUGUCGUAAAAGCAAAAGAUGAACAGGUGCGACGGGUAACUAUAAAAACGCAAAAGGGUCUAAUGCAAAGGCCCGCAACCAAGGUGGCAGUGUUGGAUGUCACCGGCAAUACUUAA